CCUCCCUUCUUCCCACUGCUCCUCAAUUCUAAAAAUCUCUCCUUUUUCUCUUCCAUCCUUCUCAGACAUGCAAAAGACACUUCCCUACACCCAGGAAAAUCCUUGGGCCCCACCGCCCUCACCCGCCGCCGGCGCCACGGGGUCUCCGGUGACUCCAGCCGCCGACGUCAAAGCUGGCAUGCUAUCCAAAGCAGUAGCGGAGAAUCCGGUGGUGGUGUUGGGUUUGCGAGGAUGCUGCAUGGUACACGUGGUGAGGCGACUGUUGCAAGGGCAAGGGGUGAACCCCACGGUCUGUGAGGUCGGCGAUGACGCCGAGGCUGCUGCACUCGCCGGAGAAAUAGCCGGAGACGGCGGAAAAGAAGGUGGGGCCCAGCAGGAGAUUCAGCUUCCGGCGGUUUUUAUUGGCGGGAGCCUCGUGGGCGGGUUGGACCGGCUCAUGGCGGUCCAUAUCUCCGGCGAGCUCGUGCCCAUCUUAAGGGAUGCCGGUGCCCUAUGGCUCUGAUUGGUCCGGCGGGUCCAACUCACCGGAAUUUAUUUUUUUGGUGGUUUUAAAUGGUGGGCCAGUGGAGGUGGAUAUUUUUAAAUUUUCGUGUUUAGACGUAUUUGGUUUGAAAAUUGUGAAUGUGAAUCGGGAAAUACACGCAAUUUUUGUUUGGUGUGGACGACCCUCAUUUUUCUUUAUUAAAUUUCAAUUUAUUUGCUCGCAAA